CCCACGCCGAACGGGCCGCCGCAUACGGUCCUGGUCCUCAGAACGCGGCUUGUCCCGUGAAUAUUGUAAUAUUCGAUCACUUCCGGCCGAUAAAUAUUGUAAUUCAUGUCAAUAACAAUUGUUAUUCCGUCGUCGGAACCGUGAAGAUUAUCGCGGUUGUGUAAAAUUAAUAUGCAAUUAUCGACAGCACCGGAAGUAGGUGCAAUGCGACCGGCGAUUGAAGUAACCCGCCGCCAAUUUUCUCAACAGAUGAAGACCGAGAACAGAGAUCGUUCGCUCAUGGGACACUGGUUGUUUCGUCGGCCGUUCGAGCGGAGCGCGUGCCAAACGCCAAGAACCGUCUUCGAUGUUGACCGUCGAAGGACGUCGUCGUCGCCUACUCGCCUCUGUCCGCACGAGUCUCUACGAGUCUCUUUUUUAUAAUCUCCGUCUUCUAUCGUGUAUAACCGCUCUGGUAUAUUAAAAGUUUACCAAAGAUACCAAAACCAAUCACAGCAAGAGAUUUUUAUGCGCGUAAACGCGAACGAGUCGUGGUUAUCCGCAUUUACGCGCGCGUAGCAAGAUGACAGAUCCGCGUACUGGUUUCUUACAGCAAUGACGAGACGACUAUUCGAAAAGAUUCCUGGGCUGGUGGACGCGCUCUUGUGCAGAUGGCGCUCUCGCGUAUCGACGGAGGAUGCCCGGAGACAUCGUCUGCGACUACGUCAAGGCUACCAUAUAUUAUACCAGUUACCACCUCCACCACCAAAAUAGCCACUACCACAGCAACCGAUCUUUAUCAACAAUAAUGUUAUUGUCACCGCUAUGAUUUCAAUGAUCUAGUUAAACGUCGACGCCACCGUCCACAGUUGUCCGGUGGUUCGCGUGGGAUGCGCCCCAAGUCAAUUUUGUCGUAUUUGUCUUCGUUUCCGUCAUCAUGGUGGUCGUGGGUUGUCGCAGAAGGAUUCGUCGUGGACUACCGUGGGCGAUCGCUGUUAUAGUCACGUCGUGUUUGUUAUUGUGGUCAAAAAACGAAGAUCCCGUGGAUACGGUUGUCGACCAGGCUGCCGCCGAAGACGACGAUUGGGUGUCUCUAAGAUUAAAAAGAGACCAACAAGAAUUUAUUGAUCACAAAGGAUUGCAUGUAGUCGUUGGUCACUAUUUGGGGGACGCUAACAACGCGGGGACAAGUGCGAAUCUCACUGAUGAGUUACUCAAUCGAAACAUGUUCGAUCCAAAACCGAAGGAAGGACGCGAUGGAAAUCCGGUCAUUAUACCGCCUCAUAUGUCCUUACAGAUGCAAAAACUCUACAGAAUUAACAGGUUCAACCUGAUGGCCAGUGACCGAAUACCGUUGAACAGGUCGUUGCCGGACGUCAGAAAAAAAUCAUGUAGGCUGAAAAAGAUUGAUAUCGAUAAGCUUCCAUCUAGCACCGUAAUAAUUGUUUUCCACAACGAGGCUUGGUCGACGUUAAUGAGGACGGUUCAGAGCGUUAUAGAUCGUUCGCCAAAACAUUUGCUGAACGAGAUCAUUCUAGUUGACGAUGCCAGUACUCGAAAAUUUUUGGAAAAAGAAUUGGAUGAUUACGUUUCAAAAUUACCAGUUUUAACACGGAUAAUACGUUCACCGAAAAGGAUUGGUCUGAUUAAAGCGCGUUUGAUGGGAGCCAAGCAAGCUAAAGGCAAAAUAUUGGUGUUCUUGGAUGCGCACUGCGAGUGCACUUUAGGAUGGCUUGAAGCCUUAGUGAGUCGAGUGGCAGAGGAUCGGAAACGCGUAGUCUGUCCAGUGAUCGAUAUCAUAAGUGAUGAGACGUUUGCCUACGUCAGAAGUUUCGAAUUGCACUGGGGAGCUUUCAACUGGGACUUGCACUUUCGGUGGUACACACGGACUACACCUGAUAUAAUGAAAGGACAGCGGGAUAUCACUCAGGCGUUCAGAACACCGGCGAUGGCUGGGGGGUUGUUCGCCAUAGACAAGUCAUACUUUUUCGAAUUAGGUGGCUAUGAUGAAAGGAUGGAGAUUUGGGGUGGAGAAAAUCUAGAACUCUCAUUUAGGGUCUGGCAGUGUGGUGGCAGUAUUGAAAUAGCACCGUGUUCUCAUGUCGGGCACGUGUUUCGAAAAUCAUCUCCCUAUACGUUCCCUGGUGGUGUAUCUCAUGUACUGUAUACAAACUUGGCUCGUGUUGCAUUGGUUUGGAUGGACGAGUGGCAGGAGUUUUACUUCAAAUUCAACCCUGAAGCAGACAAGUAUCGCGAUGAACAGCAGAUUAGGACGAGGUUAGAGCUUAAAGACCGUCUGAAGUGCAAAGGAUUCAAAUGGUACCUAGAAAACGUGUGGCCGGAACACUUUUUGCCAACUGAUAAAAGGUUUUUUGGCAAGAUCAAACACAUGUUGUCGAACCGUUGUUUAGAAAAACCAUCUGGACGUGGUUCGCUGAAUCAGCCCAUGGGCCCUGUCGGAAUAAGAGGGUGCGACGUUCAGGGUCGUCCAUCCCUAUCGCUCAUGUUCGUUAUGGAACCGGACGAAGGGUUGGACUCCAGCGUGUGGUCGGGGUCCUUGAUGACCGACGAGUCUGUGUGUUUGGACACUCCCGAGCUGGAAGUGCUCGACGAAAUUGCACUGAAGGUCCGGAUUGUCGCUUGUACAGGUCAAAAACGGCAGCGUUGGAAAUACGAUGCCGAGACAAUGAACUUGGUUCAUAUACACACCGACUUGUGUCUGGACUUGCCUUCCAGUGAAUCCAGUGUUGUGCUCAAAAGUUGUGCUGAUCAAGCUAGUCAGAAAUGGAUUCUUGAACAAGUUCCGUGGAGAUAACUAUAGGCGUCGGUCUGUUAAACUAUCUCUCGUAUACAUCAAUAAUCGUAUUAUUUAACAGUCAUCAAUUAUGUAUGCGAUGUCUUAAGUUCCUGUAAAAUUGUUGAAUUUUGUUUUCAAACAAUUAUUUUUUAUUUUUUAUUUUUUUAUAUAAUAUUAAUAUUUGUUGUUUUAAUUUAUUUAUUACUGUAUUUACUUUAUUCACGACUUUAAAAUGAAUUACAUUAUAACAUUGACAAAGUGAUUAAUACAA